AUGGCAUCUCCAACUCUUCAAGGCGGAGAAGAACAAAUCAACAACGAUAUCUACUAUCUUUACUACUGGCCUGGUCUACCGGGCCUUAGCGGGUUUAUAGGGCUGGUCCUUGAGCAGGCAGGGGUCAAGUACUUCAAUGUGGCCUUACAACAAGACGCCCUGAAGCAGUGUAUGGAUCUCAUUACGCCAUCCGAGACAUGGUCCGCUGGCGACACAGCCAACCUUGCUGUCGUGAUCCGACAAAUGUAG